UUGCAUCCAGAUUGACGGGCGCUAAUCUUGCCAUUUACAACAUUCUUCACAGCCACCCCUCAAUUUCUUUGCAAAACAAAAACUUUGAAGGGACUGGACCUAGCACCUCAGUGCUAAGCAUAAUGAACUCCCAGGAGCCGCACCAAACUGACGUGCUUCCCGAUGACGAUGAUGGAUGGGAAUACGAAUACUCAGCGACAGAGACAGAGACCUACUAUAUCACUUUAGACCUGUCAGUCCGCGACUUUCUUGAGCGCCGAACCGACGACGUUGUGCACAGCACGCGAACCGGAUACCGCGUCUGGUACAACCCUCUGUUCAAUGCGCCGGAACCCCAAACAUCAAAUUCAGAUCUUCUCGACGAUAAGGACGCCGACGACGGAGAGCCUCCCGAACGCGAAGAGGUUGAUCUCGACGCGAUCGGUGUACCGCGGCCGCCAACUCAGCCAGAGCUUCCAAUCGACCCGUCACUUGACCAGCCAUCGUCGAAGCACGAACACACGGACGGCCAAGCGAGCGACAAGCCGGCGGAGGAGAUCCAGAUUCUAGAACUUCACUCCAAGGAGCCCAUAAUAUCAUACCGCAACCAUGUGUUCCGUGGAUCGUGGUGCGAAAACAUUGGCACCGAGAUGAUCUUCACCCCGCACGACGACAAUGCGCCGCUCCCGGCCCUGCGUCACCUGCCCCAGAACAUGGACCUGAUCGCGGCCAGCGCGACCAGAAUCAGCUGCCGAGAGGCGACGUUGGUACCAAAGGAACGGGACGCGAGGCACGAGGGGACGUUCCUAGGGUUCGGGUACUCCGAGGAGGACAUACCAGAGCGAUACAAGCGGAAUGGAGGGAUCUACGUGCACAUUGGCGGCGACAAGAGCGGCCAGCGACAGCCACAAGCGCAUUUCCUCGAGGACCUGAUUGCGCUAAAGCGGAAGCGCGGCGAAACGGACGAGGUCACGAUCCAGCCGCUGGAGACGAGGCAGAACAAGCUCAUGGUGGAGGACGAAGAGGAGGAGCGGCGGCGGCGGAAGCUGCAGCAAGACCAUGCCAGAAACGCGAGAUGGCGCGACAAGAGAAGGGAGGAGCGGGAGAUGGGCCUGGGGUCGCCCGAGCGAAACUACAUCCCGCGGACUGGCGGGAGGAGGGGGUGGCCCAAGAGGGCGAGGCGUGCUGCGCUCAUACGGCGGGAUAGCGGGGCAAUAUCGCGGUUCGGACUCCAGAACGGAUCGGACCAGUGGCUCGACCCCGACGCCCACGCGCUGGAGCGACAUACCUGGUGAUCAGGCUCGAUAGCCCGGUAAACUUGAUAAGAUGAGACCGGCUUCUCCGGAACUCGGACCACGAGGCCAUGGCUGCUGAUGCCUGCGAUUGGCUCCACGAAAAGGAGCCGGGAUGGUGGGGCGGAAGUGCCGGCUGGCUGCGCUGUUCGUGCGCUAGCAAGGGUGAGGUAGAGUUACUUUCGCCUCAGGCAAUUCCACAUAGCACGACCAAGUACCGAAUCCUUCUUGGCUUACGCAUGCAGGGCUGCCCCUCCUGCGUUCCUGACGGUGGCGUUGGCCCAAAAUGAUGUGCCAACGAUGCAGUGCAGGAUCGGAGUUUCAAACUUUG